GGGGACCUCCGUUACGCACUGCCCAAGUUGAGCGGCGCACUUCUCGCGAGGCUGAGGCAGGGCUGGGCCCGACAUGGCGGAAGAGGAGGUGGCCAAGUUGGAGAAGCACUUGAUGCUUCUCCGACAGGAGUAUGUCAAGCUGCAGAAGAAAUUGGCAGAGACAGAGAAGAGAUGUACCCUUUUGGCUGCGCAAGCAAACAAGGAAAGUAGCAAAGAGUCCUUCAUCAGCCGCCUGCUGACGAUUGUGGCCGACCUCUACGAGCAGGAGCAGUAUAGUGAUCUGAAGAUAAAGGUUGGGGGCAGGCACAUCAAUGCUCACAAGUUUGUCCUGGCGGCCCGCAGUGACAGCUGGAGUCUGGCCAGUUUGUCUUCCACCGAGGAGCUGGACCUGUCAGAUGCUAACCCUGAGGUGACCAUGACAAUGCUUCGCUGGAUCUAUACGGAUGAGUUGGAGUUCAGAGAAGAUGAUGUGUUCCUGACCGAGCUGAUGAAACUAGCUAAUCGGUUUCAGCUACAGCUCCUUAGGGAGAGAUGUGAGAAGGGUGUGAUGUCCCUGGUGAACGUCAGGAACUGUAUCCGCUUCUAUCAGACUGCGGAGGAACUGAAUGCCAGCACGCUGAUGAACUACUGUGCAGAAAUUAUUGCAAGUCAUUGGGAUGACUUACGAAAGGAGGACUUCAGCAGCAUGAGUGCUCAGUUGUUAUACAAAAUGAUCAAAUCCAAGACUGAGUACCCAUUACAUAAAGCUAUCAAAGUGGAGAGAGAAGAUGUGGUCUUCCUUUAUCUAAUUGAAAUGGAUUCACAGCUCCCUGGGAAGCUGAAUGAGUUGGAUCAUAACGGAGAUCUUGCUUUAGAUCUAGCCCUUUCACGACGACUAGAGAGUAUCGCCACCACUCUGGUUAGUCACAAAGCUGACGUGGACAUGGUGGGCAAGAAUGGCUGGAGCUUGUUACAUAAAGGCAUCCAAAGAGGAGAUCUCUUUGCUGCCACUUUCCUCAUUAAGAACGGGGCCCUUGUCAAUGCUGCUACGUUGGGUGCCCAGGAGACACCGUUGCACCUUGUAGCAUCGUACAGUUCAAAAAAACACUCAGCAGAUGUGAUGUCCGAGAUGGCACAGAUUGCAGAGGCCCUCCUGCAGGCUGGCGCCAACCCCAACGUGCAGGACAGCAAGGGCAGGUCUCCCUUACACUUGUCCAUCAUGGCCAGGAAUGAAUACGUGUUCAACCAGUUGCUGCAGUGUAAACAAUUAGAUUUAGAGCUGAAAGACCGUGAGGGCAGCACAGCUCUGUGGCUUGCCGUGCAGUACAUCACUGUGUCUUCCGACCAGUCCGUAAAUCCCUUUGAAGACCCCCCUGUGGUAAAUGGGACUUCAUUUGAUGAAAAUAGCUUUGCAGCCAGACUCAUUCAGCGUGGCAGCAACACCAAUGCACCUGAUACAAUAACAGGAAAUUGCUUACUACAGCAGGCAGCUGAAGCAGGAAAUGAGGCAGCAGCUCUUUUCCUGGCAACCAAUGGUGCCCACGUCAACCACAGAAACAAGUGGGGAGAAACCCCGUUGCACACGGCCUGUCGGCAUGGCCUGGCCAACCUCACUGCAGAGCUUCUGCAGCAGGGAGCCAACCCAAACCUACAGACGGAGGAGGCCCUGCCUUCACCAAAGGAGCCUGCGUCCUUGCCCAGCUCAGCGGACAGCAGCGUCUCCCUGCAGACACCCCUGCACAUGGCGAUUGCCUAUAAUCAUCCAGAUGUGGUGUCUGUCAUCCUGGAGCAAAAAGCUAAUGCUCUUCAUGCCACCAACAACCUGCAAAUUAUUCCAGACUUCAGCCUCAAGGAUUCCCGAGACCAAACUGUGCUGGGCCUGGCAUUAUGGACUGGCAUGCACACGAUCGCAGCCCAGCUGCUGGGCUCCGGGGCUUGCAUCAACGACACCAUGUCGGACGGGCAGACCUUGCUGCACAUGGCCAUGCAGCGGCAGGACAGCAAGAGCGCGCUCUUUCUCCUGGAGCACCAGGCGGACAUAAACGUCAGGACUCAGGAUGGGGAGACGGCUCUUCAGCUGGCCAUCAGAAAUCAGCUUCCCCUUGUCGUGGAUGCCAUAUGCACCCGAGGAGCUGACAUGUCUGUGCCAGAUGAGAAGGGGAACCCCCCGCUGUGGCUCGCGCUGGCAGAUAAUCUGGAGGACAUCGCAUCCACUCUGGUCAGACAUGGCUGUGACGCCACGUGCUGGGGCCCAGGACCUAGUGGGUGCCUUCAGACACUGCUGCACAGAGCCAUUGAUGGAAACAACGAGUCCAUCGCCUGCUUUCUUAUUCGCAGUGGCUGUGAUGUGAACAGUCCCAGACAACCUGGUGCUAAUGGAGAAGGAGAGGAAGAGGCCAGAGAUGGGCAGACCCCCUUGCACUUGGCAGCCUCCUGGGGGCUGGAAGAGACGAUACAGUGUCUUCUGGAGUUUGGUGCCAAUGUAAAUGCACAGGAUGCAGAAGGAAGAACGCCUGUCCAUGUGGCCAUCAGCAACCAACACGGCGUCAUAAUUCAGCUGCUGAUUUCCCACCCUGACAUCCACCUGAAUGUCCGAGACAGGCAGGGCCUGACCCCCUUUGCCUGUGCCAUGACCUACAAGAACAACAAGGCGGCCGAGGCCAUCCUGAAACGAGAGUCCGGGGCCGCUGAGCAGGUGGAUAACAAGGGCCGGAACUUCCUGCACGUGGCGGUCCAGAACUCCGAUAUCGAAAGCGUGCUGUUCCUGAUCAGUGUCCAGGCUCACGUGAAUUCCAGAGUCCAGGAUGCUUCCAAGUUGACCCCGUUGCACCUUGCUGUCCAAGCGGGCUCAGAGAUUAUUGUCCGCAAUUUGCUUCUUGCAGGAGCCAAAGUGAAUGAAUUAACCAAGCACCGCCAGACCGCCCUCCAUCUUGCUGCCCAGCAGGACCUGCCCACCAUUUGCUCAGUCCUCUUGGAGAAUGGAGUGGACUUUGCUGCUGUGGAUGAGAACGGAAAUAACGCUCUUCAUCUCGCUGUCAUGCAUGGCCGGCUCAACAACAUCCGGGUCCUCCUGACAGAGUGCACCGUGGACGCCGAAGCCUUUAAUCUGCGAGGCCAGUCGCCACUGCACAUUUUGGGACAAUAUGGCAAGGAGAAUGCGGCAGCCAUCUUUGAUCUCUUCUUAGAGUGCAUGCCUGAGUAUCCUCUGGAUAAACCAGAUGCAGAAGGAAACACAGUGCUGCUCCUGGCAUACAUGAAAGGGAAUGCCAACUUGUGCCGUGCCGUCGUCCGCUCGGGUGCUCGCCUGGGGGUGAACAACAACCAAGGGGUCAACAUCUUCAACUACCAGGUUGCCACCAAGCAGCUGCUGUUUAGACUCUUAGUCUUGUGCUGUGUUGCAGAUAUGCUGUCCAAGGAGCCUCCGUGGUGUGACGGCUCCAACUGCUAUGAGUGCACUGCCAAGUUUGGAGUCACAACUCGCAAACAUCACUGUCGUCACUGCGGACGUCUUCUUUGCCAUAAAUGCUCGACCAAGGAGAUUCCUAUUAUAAAGUUUGAUCUGAACAAGCCUGUGCGAGUUUGCAACAUUUGCUUUGAUGUACUGACUUUGGGUGGGGUCUCUUAGUGAGCCCCCGGGAAGGUCCAGGCCACAUCUUCGGUUGCCUCCCCAGCAGCUGCUCUGCUCACCAGCCUGACCACCCCCCCACCCCCCACCCCCCAGAGCAGGAGCUGGCAGUCGUCUUCUUGCAGCAAUAGACUGGAACAAUUAAGGACCAUGGUGUGAUAGAUCCCAUCUCAAAUGAUUCUGUAUGAUUGUCAGUUUAUCAGACUAUGAUCAAGGUCACUAGAUGUCUCACUAAUUGGACCAGGCCUUUUAGCCUAAGUGGUAAAUGUGAUAGGAAUUAGACCCCAUUCUGCUAGCGAUGUACAAGGAUGCUUCAAAAACCAUUUUCACUUCCAGUAGCUUAGUGUCCAUUUCAGAGCAUUCAUGAAGUCUUCCUGACUGGGCGGACUUCCUAGACAGAGCCUAACCGUAGGAAGCUGGCAUCUGGCUGCACAACAAGAGCUGGCUUUACUCUAGGGUAAGUGGCUGUGGACUUUUCUGCACAGUGUUUUCAUAAAGGUAAUAGGAUCCUCUUGCCCUGAAAUCUCGCUCUCUCUUUCUCUCUCCUUUUUUUUUUUUGGGAAAAGCUAAGCUGUAUUUUUAGUGAACUACCCCUUUAAAAAAGGUGAAAUCUUUCUAAGCAGGGUUCAAAGAUGAGAGCUGAAAAAUUGUGGCCUUAACAACUGAAAGCUUUACCAGUAUUCAUGCUACUCGGGUGUCAGGAUUGCGGUGUGGCAGCUUGACACCUCCUAGCAGCCGUCUUGUUCUCUCAUCUUGCUGUGUCCUGUCUGUGGAGUCCUCAGUCACCUGCCACUAGGCAGUGGUGGAGAAAAUGCACUUUUAUUGUGCUGCACUUUUUAUAUAGCUGCAUUAUUGGUGAUUCCAAUUUAAAAAUCCAUAUUCAAAAAUACCCUCACACAUCCGUGCAUCAGUGAUUCUAAUGAUCGGCUUUGACUGGACCUCAGCUCACACUAAGUCUUAAAGGGAAGACUCCUGCGGAGUGUCAUUUGGAGCAGGAGAGUGACACGGGCCAAGUGAGGGGAAGGGGAAUCUCCAGCCUCAGGCUGGCAGGUCCCAUCUCCUUGACAUGAGUGCUUCUUGCUGAAACUUUCCCAGUUAUGUUGUGAGUGCUGUCCGUCCCAGGUCCCAGGUCCCAGAUCCCUGCCCCAUAAGAGCCAACAGCCAAAGGCCCUGGCCAAGCGUGUGUGACCACAUCUUGGAAGGCUCGCUCGAGUGCUGAAAGAGGCCCCCAGAGCCUACCAGGCCUUAGUCGCUGCUAGUACAUGCAUUAAUCCUGAAGUGUUAAACUUCUUUUCUUUUGAAGGUUUGGCCAGUUUUUUUAAAAAUGCACAUUUGAAGAGAAACUUCUACCACUGCUUAAAAAAAAAAAAAAAAACUCUGAGAUGAACAAUAUGUGUUGUACAGCUAUACUCAGAGAUUAACAAUCUCAAUCAUACAUACUGUUUUUUCAGACAUUUAACCACUACAUUUUUUUGUAUUAAUGAAAUAUGGAUAUAUGUGUAAAAGGGACUAAAUAUUUUUUUGCAGCAGCCUGUUGUUUUGUUUGGAUAGUGGUAUGUCCUCCAUGUUGCUGUAGAUUUAUACAUCCUACUGCCUAAAUAUGUGUGUAAAAUGAGCUGAUAAACCAGAGUGCUACUUUUUUUUUUUUUAACAUUUCUGUGGAUUUAUAAGAUAUAUAUGCUUUCUAUGUUAAUAUGAGCUUGUGCACAAUGUUUCAAAGAAAAAAUUAAUUAGAAGAGUUCCCCUGUCCCCUAAAGUCUGUGACAUAUUUCAUAUAGAAUUUUUAUAGGAAAACAGCUAGUCUUGGCAAACACCUGACCACGUGAAGCAUGUGGUCAGUUUCCAUUUUCUGUUGCCUGAACAGGGCCUGAGGAAGUAGGCCUUAGUUAGGUGGCUUGAUUCUUUAAUUGGAAAGUAAGAUAAUUAUGCUUCAGAUGUGAAUUGAGGUGGUCGGUACUUUUAUACCUGUUCUUUUAAUGUUCAUGGUAGAGAGAGGAGGAUGGGAAUUCAAUCAGGGAUGAGGUUGAUUGUCCUGCCCCUGCCCUACUAUACCAAUUUCAAUAACACUCUAAUUUCACUUAAAAAUCUUAAAAUCAUGUUUGAAAUUGUUGAGUCAAGCUUCUUUUUCGUCACAGAGUCCAGGGAUAGCAAUGGUACCUAGCUGCCACAAGUUGGGGGAACAUUUUGUGAGUUCUGCAUUGGCUUCAGGGUGCAUUCUUGUAGAUCUAGAAAAAGCACCUUUCCACAGUCUUAGGCUCUCCCUGCCGUGCCGAUGCUACGGGGCUGUGUCUCAGGUCCCUUGAGCGGUGGCUGACCUGGGGGGACUUGACAUGCUCUUGGUCCCCUUUGCGCUCUCCAAGCCGUCAGACUUGGCUCUAGAACUGCCUGACUGUUCUUGUUGCAUUGCAAUCCACAGCUUACAGACUAAUAGAAAAAACUCAAUUUUAUUCAUUCAGAGAGUUGCCAACUGUGAAUGAGUAGAGCAGGAAGAAUAAACUUUACUGAAAUAUAAUUUGCUGAAUCAGUCAACGUUGUUACGCUAAAUUAGCUUUUUAACUGCCUCAUGCUCAUCACCAGAUUUAUGAUACAGUGUGUUCUUAACAGUCCUUUCUCUUUUUUUUUUUAAAGAUGAAGGUACAAACCAUGUGCUGUAUAUAUAAAUGGAAUGGCUAAAACUAACUUGCUAUGAUCCUCGAACACAGGAAUUUCCCACAAACUUAAGUGCCUACACUUAGGACUUGUUAAUUUUCAGUUAUCUUUUUAGUGGUGUCUCACUGAGUGAUGUAUUAGAAUAUGUGUUCCAUUUGGAGUUUGUUGCCUGUGCAUUGUCAACCCCAGUUACCAACUUAGUCGAGGCUGGAUUAGAUUGUUCAGUUCACCUGCCAUAUUCUCUCCAGGAGUGGGGUCCACGUGACCACUAGUCCUCUACCUCAGAGCCCUGAGUUAUUUGUGACCGCCCUGUUCAGCUUUCCUCUCUCCUCUCCCUGAAUGGGGUCCCUGCAUGGAACUCAGCGUGCUUGUGGGUUCACCACCACUCCCGGUUCAUGUCUCCCACUUGUUGUAUCGAACGGUAUUGUGCUAAUCUUAUCUGUAGGCAUGAAGUGGAGGAAAUGCCUUGGGACAGGGGAAAACCUUGAUCUCCAUCUAGGUUUGUUUUUAAUCUGGAGAAAAAACCCUAUUGAACUAUGUAAUGCUUAGAUCUGAAAGGCAGACUAACUCCCCAGGUGACAGUAGCAUGAGCAAGUAAAUGUAAUGCUUCCAUGACAGCCCCGCGUGGAGCUUGCAGGUUGAGACUGAGAGAGAGCUCCUGAAACAAGCUUUCUUCCAGGACCUGGGACUGCUUCCCUCAGGACCAGGCCCAGGAGAGCUGGGCACGGGGCUGGCAAGACCAGCCCCUCCUAAUCUGAAGCACCAAAGCUCCCCAGCCCCGCCGGGGAGAGGAGGAAGCCGAGGACAAAUAACUUUCUAAAGGGUUUGGAAGCCACAUUCUCAUUUUGUGGAAGUAAUUUAGUGAAGAGCUGAUUAUUUGACUAAACACUUAUUAAAUUUCCAGAAGUUAUCAUAGAUGCCUUAAAGAUUUUCUUUGGAAGAUCAUUGCCUGUACAGUUACUUUUUUGUGUGGCAUAAAUAAUAUAUUAACCUGUUACAACCGACAACAUUGGUUUUCGGUAGCUAGGGAGUCUUGAGUUGGCAGCCUGCUCAGCUUAAUGACUUAAUGUCCUUUUUUGGCAGAUGUGUGGAGUUGGCUGUUACCAUGACAUACCUGUGUGCUAUACCCAGGGGGAGGGCUGGGCCGAAACUGCAGGCACACAUUUGGGUUGAUCACCUUGGCUUCCAAGCCAUUCCGGGUGGUGCUCAGUGUGGGGCGAGAGCAUCAUAUAGGACCAUGGCGCUUAGCAGCAUUGUUUGUUUGGAGUCCGUGUAAUGGAAUGUAUUUUUCAAAUAUUGAUAUUUGCAUUUUCUGUAACAAUUCCUUAUAAAUAAAAUGAGGUCAAAUUGUA